AAUCGUGACCGUUAAUGUAUUGUGUAAUUGAAAGGGAUUUGUAAAUUGUAAAAUCUGUUUAUUUUGCGGUGCGUAAAGAAAAGUUCAAUUUUGUCAAUUGAUCACAAUAUUUAUUUAAUAUUUUUAUUAUUUUCCGUUACUCAGUGACUAUUUAAGAUUAAGAAAAUUUUCCUUAGUUCUUGUACUUCUUAUUUCUUGGGCCUACUAUUGAUUGGAAUUUAGUGUUCUCAGUAAGUCUUGUAGAUUGUGAUUAUCUGUUUAUUACUUUCUCGCAUGCUGCCGUCCUGAAGUUGCUAACGCUAUUAUUCUGCCACAGAUCACGAUACAGAAAAAUCCUCUUUAUGUCAAUAAUUUCAUGGAUUUCUUUUUUUUAGAAAUGAUAAUGAGUUUUUAGCUGAAAAUAGAGGUUGUGUGAAUAUCUGUCAUAUUCUGAUGUACUUUGCUGAAACAGUUUUUCCACAAAAAAAGGUUUUCUUUGAUUAUUCAGAUAUUAAAUUCUAAUCUUGUUUAAAAUUUUCAUUAUAAAUUUCAAAAUAUAUUUGGAAAUGAUCUAUGGAUAAAAUGGAUAAAAGCAAGGACAUAAAUAGUAAAAAAGUUGGUGUUUCAAAACCAGUUAUAAAGAAUAACCAUUUAGGUAUUAAGUCUAAUGCACCUAGGAAAUUUUCAUACAUAUCCAGAUCUAAAAAUCCUUUUGAUAAUAAGAAAUAUAUUUAUUCUGAUUCAAAGUCUUUUUUGAAACAGUCAUGUGAUAACUGUAAGUCUCACUUGUCUCUGAAACCACCUCACGAAGAAAAUGUUGAACCAUCUCCUGAUUUGAAUGGCAAUCUUUCUUUUAAUCAGCACUCAACAUUUUGUAAUUUUCCUCCUUUAUCUGAAGUACCUAACUUUGGAUUAAGUUAUCAAACACAACUCUCUGUUCAAAAGACUUCAAAACAUAGAAAAUCUGGAUACCAUGAAAAACGAGCUUUCCAUUCUAAAACUACUAGUUCAAAGGUACCAUUUCAUACAAAUAAUUUUUUUUCACCAGUACCUCAUUCAAGUAUUAGUUAUCAAAACUCAAAAGGUAACAUGCCAUAUGUAAAGUUUCCAUUGAAUAAAGUUUGUGGUGAUGCAGCAAUUGUUACUGAAAAGUAUACACGAGGUUUUGUAACUACACAGAUAAUAAGAGACCCAUUUUUACAAAGUCAUGUAAGAAUUGCCAAUGAAGACUCUUAUUUUGCUCCAUCAAUAAGUAUACCUGAUAAAUACUUUACCCUUCAAGUUGAUCCAGAUGCCCAACUUCGUAAUUUGAAGUCUGAUUAUUUUGUCCAUAAUUGGCAACAGAUAUCUGUAUCUUCAUUGUUUGAAAACUCUGCAGAUCUUAAAGAUGCUGACAAAAUAUACCCAGCUUUAACUACCAAUGUUCAAAAUGAGCAAAUGAAAUCUCCUGAUUUCAGUGUUCGAUCUGAUCUUGAAUGCCCCAAUGUGGUACCAGCUACCAGUUCAUUAGGAACUAAUGAAAUGUGUGUCAUUCCACAAACUUCAUAUGCUGAUGUAAUUCACAUUUCCACUGGUGGUAAAAUUUCAGAUUCUGAAAAAAUAUUUACUGAUAAAAAAGAUGAAAAAUCCCAAACUGAGUGGGCCCAACAAGAUUUAAAUGCCAUUCAAGCUACUGUAGUUAAUUUAGAGAAACCUAGUUUUUACAAUUCAUCAUUACAAAAAAGCAUAUCUUCUACCUUAUCUCCUCCAUCAGAAAAAUAUAUUAAAGGAGAUAAUUUAGAAAAUGUUGAUAAAAUGUCAUCAUCUAGUUCUGCUUAUAGUUCUAGCUUUCCUUUAGAUUCUACUACUAGUAUGAUUGAUGAACCGGGUUCAAAACCAGACUCUAUGUACAGCAGUGCUAGUAGUGUUAGUUCCUCAACUAAUGCAUUUAAACCGGUAGAAAAGAAACCUGUGAUUAUUAUGGACAAUUGUCCAGAUCAAAUUACUUUUGGAAUAGAGUAUGAUGAAAUGGUUAAACUGUGUUUUGAUGACUGUGAUCCAGACAAUGCUUCCACUCAAGAAUCUGAGAAAAGUGCUUGUGUCAAGUCUGAAUGUGAUGAAAUAAAAUUAGUCGAAACUAGUUUAGAAAAAGAACUAUAUUGGAAAGAAUCUGAUGUGAAAUACUGUGAAGAUAACCAUAUUGAAUUAACCACUUACUUUGCUUCUUUGUGGAAAGAAUGUGAAUGGAACCCAGAUGCAGAAGGUUCAGAAAAUAGAGAGAUAAAGAUAUAUCAAGAACGCUAAGAAGAUAAGGAUGUUUUUUUUUUUUUUUUUUUAANUUUUUUUUUUUUUUUUUGAAAACUUAAGUAAAAUUACACUAGUGAUAUCUGUUAAUAGUGGCAUUCUGUUCCCUCCUCAAAGAUAUUUUAAAUGUUUUUCGUACUUGUUGUUUUUCUUUUUUUUGUUUUUUUUUUAAUAUUUUAUUUCCAAAGCCUUUCAUAAGGUUUUAUUUAUGUUCAAUGCUUUUACUGCAGUACAAUAUCUUUCAGUAUUUUUUUUUUUUUAAUAUUUGUUUAUAUUUUUUGUGCCAUAUUUAUAUAAAUUGGAUGUGUUUUAUAAAACUCACUGCCUCCUAUCGAUUUUGAAUUACACCUAUAACAAUUUGUUCAUAUUUAUGGUGGUGUCAACUAUUACAGUCUAUCCGUAUUUAGGAUUUUGUCGUCAAGAUUGCAGUCAUACAGUUGAGCUUUAAAAAUAAUGGUAUUUUAGUAAUUAUCUGUUUAAAAAUAAGUUUUUUUCCUCCUAAUAGCUAUGAAAUUUUGUUGUAAUAAUUGUUUUGUUGUUUGUAGAAGUUUGUAUGCAGCAAAUAUUUGAAAAAAGUAAUACUUUAAUGUUACUUUUCUAUUUAAUGGUAAAUUCAUGCAUAAUAUUAUUGAUAUUAGGUAUGUACCUAUAUAGAAUAAAAUUUAAAAACACUUUGAAAUUGUGCUAAUUUGAAUGUAGUUAGUAUAUACAUAGGUAUUAAGCUAUUAAAGUAUUUCUGAUUACGGAUAGUUAGUUUGAAAAGUUGGCACCUCUGAAUUUAUUUUAUAUGUUGAAAAUAUACAUUUCUUGAUUUCCAGCUCUUAUACUUUUUUAUCCUUUCCUUUAGGAAAAUAGUAGUCAAAAGAAUCUGUUUAGCUGAUUUAAUCAGUAAAACUAUUUUACUAUGCUGUUUAGUGAUGAGAAAUUAGCUAACAAAGUUUGACAUUAAAUUAGUCUUUUUAAAAAAAAUUUCACUGUGUGAAAGAGAACUUAGUUUUGAGCAAUUAAGUCAGAUACUUUUAUUACCUAUUGUACCCAUUAUUAUUUUUUAAACAAAAGCAGAGUCAGAAAAUGUAUGAGUUAAAUGGGCUAUAAACUUCCUUCUAAAGCAAUAAUUAUGUCCUCUUUUUACUAGUUAAGAUUUUUUAAAAAAAAGGUUCAUAAGUGAUAAAUCAGAGAUGAAAAACUUAUCUAAGUUGUGAAUCUAAAAAAUAUAAUGCAGAAUCAUCGAGAGUAGUGUUAUCGAGAAGUAUUAUUUUGCUUCCAUUUAAACAUAAUAUGAUUACCUUGCGUAUGCAUUAUAUAUUCCUUUGCUGACACACACAUUAUGAAAAUUUUUAUGUAAGAAAAAGUCCAAACAAAUUUGGAAUUGGGAUUGUAGAAACAAUUUAUAUCAAUAUAUAUAUAUAAAUUUUUUUUAAGGGCAUCACAGAAAACUGUGUAUUAAAAAGAAAAGUCGGAAAAAAAUUAACCUGAAAGUAAAUUUUUGCUAUUAUUUAGGCUUUAAAAUAUGUUGUUAAAAUUAUUAAGACAGUAACACCAAGUUAGAUUUCAUUUAAGAUUUCCUAAAGAAAUUUUUUUUUUUUCAGAUUUUCAAAAUUUUUCUCCUGUUAUUUAUACAAAUUUUUACAGAAUGGCAUUUCACGGCAGAUGAAAUAAUCUGUAAAUAAUGCUUACAAUCUGAUACUCUGAAAACAUAAAUUAGUUAUUAAGCAUGGUUCCAAUCAAGUUCACAUUAGCACCUAACGAAAAAAUAAUGCAAUAUUUUUAUAUUUCAUAUUUAAUAUUUUAUAUAUUUAAGAAGCUUCAGGGCCAUUGGUUGUUCAAUAUAUGCUAUGGGAGUGUUUCCCAAAGUUUUUUGUUUUAUUCUCUUUUUUUGGUAAGAUAAUUUCCUUUCUGUGAUGAAUUUUUUGGACUUUAUAUUAUACCAAAGAUUGUUGAAUUUUAUACCAAGCAAUCUUAACGGUUUUCCCAUAAUUUAGGCAUACUGUGUAGAACCAAUUUUUAUACGAAUAAUUUUUCACAAAUUCUUGUAAAAUUUGUCAACACCAACUUCAAGAAUUCUGUUUUGUACUUCCACUUAAGGAAAACACAGCUAUCCAUAUUUAACUUACUCUCCACUCAUUCUUCCGUCAAAUUUUUCAUCUCCCUGUCUUCCAGUUUGCUCGGUGCAUGUCAAGAAACACUUUAACACCUUUUAGGGUGUGUAUUUGAAUGCCUAAUAUUUAGCCAUGCUGUGUAGCACCAAUUUUCAUACAAAUAAUUUUCACAGAUUCUUCAAGAAUUCUUUUUUUGAACUUCCACUGUAGGAAUCCUUAAAUACUGCCAUCCAUUGGUGGCUAUAAGUACAAUUUAGCGGCAUGAACAGAACAGGAGCAGUUUUACCCUUUCUGUUAUGAGGGACACUAUGUGCCUUGUAAUUAUCUAGAGUUACCAAUAGCUUUCUUUUCUAUUUCUCAAGCUGAUAGAACUGCAUAAAACUCUCCAACCCUUCUUCCAUCAAGUUUUGUAUCAUCCGUGUCUUCCAAUUUGCUCGAUGCAUAUCAGGAAACACUUUAGGACGUGUGUUUGAACACUUUUUCCAAUAACAACACAUGUUUGUAGGUUAUGUCAGUAUUUGCACACACCAUUAUCAUCAAUACAUAUACUUGUUGAGUUUUUUUUUUCUGUUGUAGCAGCUAAUGUCUAUCUUUG